GCAGGGAGAACAGCUUGCGGCCACCAUAUUCCACACUCCUGCACACAUAUGGGGGGAUCCUUCAGAGGAACCUUUGUCUCUUCUCGUGUAACCACGAGAGCUCUACAAAGGCACUGCUUUUACUAGGCCAUCUUUUAGGCUCGAAACCUCCUCCUCUAUAUCCUCCAUCCAGGAAACAACUCUGACCUCCGGCAUGGCUGAUUCGGGCUACAUGGUUUCUCUGUCUACUCUCAUCUGCAAGGAACAUGAAACAUGCUUCGAUGUGCAGGAAACUGAGGAGGAGGAGGAGGAGGAGAAUGCAAAGGUGAUGUUGUGUGAAGAGGACUCUGAUGAAUACGUAGAGAUGCUGCUGAACAGAGAGAGCUGCUUCUGCAGCGCAACUCCUGAUGCAGCAGCUGGAAACUCAGUUAACUCUGCUCGUUCUGAUGCGGUUCGAUGGAUUCUCAGAACGAAGGCCUUCUUUGGAUUCAGCAUGAAAACGGCGUACGUGGCGGUGAUCUACUUGGAUCAUUUCUUCAUGCAUCGAACUCCCGAUUCGAUCAAAGGCAAGAGCUGGGCCAUUCGGUUGCUGUCGGUGGCUUGCUUAUCUCUGGCCGUGAAGAUGGAAGAACGCAAGGUUCCGGCGUUGUCGGAGUUCCAAACAGAAGACUACCGAUUCGAUACCGAAGCCAUACAGAGGAUGGAGCUGCUGGUUUUGGGUACAUUGGAGUGGAGGAUGAGCAUGGUCACGCCUUUCUCCUAUCUGAGCCACUUCGCAUCCAAGCUCCAACAGCAUGCAUCGGAGGGCGUACUGUGGAAGGCCAUUAAGCUCGUAUUUGCAAGCAUCGAAGUAAUGAAUUUGGUGGAUUAUCGAGCUUCAGUUAUAGCUGCUGCUGCAGUUCUUGCUGCAUCGGAUGAAGGAUUAACUCAGAAGUCAGUGAAGUCCAAGAUGAGUACCGUCUCAUCAUGCAGAUCUUUGGACACCGAUCAUGUCUUUUCCUGCUAUAGUCUGUUGAUUCAAGAGACACAAAAGGAGAAGCUGAAAACAUCAAAGGGUUUGGCUCCUCCUGAUCACUCGGUGGCUGAUGGUUUGAGUGUCGACAGUUCGGUUGAUACUGACGGAACCAUCUCUUUUGUGGUUGCAAGCAGCAAGAGAAGAAGGUUGCAAUAGUAUUGGAAUAGCAACUUGAGAACUCAGACUCAGGCAAUGGUUUUUAUGGUUGUCCAUGAGGAUUGAUUUGAUUCUCUUAGUAAACAUAUAUAUCGUAUAGUUGAUUGAUGGUUUAGUUUGAAAAGGUUUGGAUGUGUGGUGUUGAGAGGGUGUUUCACACACUCACUAGUUACUGGUGUAGAGAGAAGGGAAAGGAAGGAGAGAAGAGAGGUUAAAGCUACAGCUCAAAGUAUAAAAAGACUGACUGAAGAUAAAACAAAGAAAACUGAAAAAACAAGAAGGGAUGAGUGUUACUGUGAAUAGGGUGGCAAGCAGUGGAGUUGGUUCUCAGCUUCUUGUUCUUGAUUUGAGGAUCACUUCCCCAUUAUUCAUUGUAAUGUGGCUUUUCAUUUUUGUUCUUCCGAAUGCGAGGAGUGGAGAUGCUGAUUCUUUCAGUGGAGGGAGUCUGGUGCUUUGAUUGUUUAAGAGAUCCUGUAGCCAUGCACUUUGGGUGGAGGUGCUUGGGAUGCUUUCUUGAUAUCUUAAAGGCUGUGAUCAGAUGCACUUUUGCUGCAUGCUGGCCAGAUGAAUGUGUAAUGUGGGUGAAGGGUUUCUUUUUCUUUCCCCUACUUUUUUUUAUCUUCUUUUGCAGUGAGCAAAGUAUAAUGUUGGAUGAAUUGUAAUUGGGUUUGCUUGAAUCAUGGGAAUGAAUUUGGUACUGCAU